AAGCGAUUUGUUAUUUUGUGUAGCUUUUCAGGGUUCAGUCAGAAUGUGUCCAACACACACACACCGUUUCUUUAUUAAAAUUGGCUCUGCCACAUUGGAAAAUAAAUCCAGAUAUUUCUCAUUCCUCUUCGGCAGUAGAAUUAGCGUGUGAGAGACUCGCACAUGCCCGGGAUUUUUGGAAGGAGAAAUGGCCUUUAAGGUUUAAGAAAGGCGGCUGUGAGCGUGGUACAGGCGGAAGGAGGGAGGGGGAAGCGAGAGAGAACUACCUACCGGCGACAGCAGGUCAGGCAAGGGGGGAGAGAGAGAGAGAGAGAGAGAGAGAGAGAGAGAGAAAGAAAGAGAGAGGGCGAGAGAACCUCAGUGCAACACACACACACACACUCGAUCAUCAUGGACUGGCUUUGAGGUAGCAGAAACAAGGGAAUGAAUAAGACACACGAGAGAGAAAGAGAGAGAGAGAAAGCGACUGGAGGAGAGAGAGAGAGGGGGGAGAGAGAAAACGCGUGCCGUGGUUUUAAAGAGGGCAGAGAAAUUUAUUUCUGUUUCCGGUUUUGAUGCUGGUGGCGGUGCAAGUAGUUUUUUGUUUUUUUUAAAUAAAUACAUAUUUUAAAUAAUUGUAUAGAGAGAGAUUGUUCCUCUUGUGCAGCAAACGUCUCCCCUCCUUUUUCUUUCAUGCAAAAAAAACCAUGAGUUCUUAUUUUGUAAAUCCUCUGUUCUCCAAAUACAAAGGAGGGGAGUCGCUGGAACCAACUUACUACGAUUGCAGGUUUCCUCAGAGCGUCUCCCGGAGCCAUGCGCUGGUUUACGGUCCAGGUGCGGCGCCUCCCGGCUUCCAACACCCGAGCCAUCACGUCCAAGACUUCUUCCACCACGGAACUGCCACCGUCUCCAACUCGGGCUUUCAACAGAGCCCGUGCGCGCUGGCUUGCCACGGCGACACCUCCAAGUUCUAUGGGUACGACGCUCUUCCCAGGCAGUCGCUUUACGGUUCACAGACAGAAGCGACCACGGCUCCCUACCCAGACUGUAAAUCCACCGGCGCAGGCUCCAGCGAGGGGCAAAGCCACCUAGCCCAAAAUUCAUCUCCCAGUCUCAUGUUCCCCUGGAUGAGACCACACGCUCCAGGGAGACGCAGUGGAAGACAAACUUACAGCCGAUACCAGACCCUGGAGCUCGAAAAGGAGUUUCUGUUCAACCCUUACCUGACACGCAAGCGCCGGAUCGAAGUGUCCCAUGCGCUGGGUCUGACGGAGAGGCAGGUCAAGAUCUGGUUUCAGAACCGCCGGAUGAAAUGGAAGAAGGAAAACAACAAGGACAAGUUUCCGGGACAGCGAGGGGACGAGGAAGAGAAAGAAGCCGAGGAAGAAGGGAACGAGGAAGGGGAGGGAGAAGGAGAGGGAGAGGGGAAAGAGACCGAAGAGAAAGAAGCGGAGGAGAAAGAAGACCAGAAAAGGAAGGAAUGAUUUUACGACUUUCUGGUUUUAUGGUUAUAUGGUUAAAUAAAAGGAUGUUUACGACCAUCGUUUCAUUUUAGUGAGUGGAGAAAUUCACACGCGGAAGACACUGUCAGCCCUUUUUUUUCGUUCGAGUCCACGCCUCACCCCCAACGUCCGCAGUAAAAGGGACAACAUGGUUCACCGAGAAACAAUCUCAUUAUUAAUAACGCAAAGAACAGAUCCUCCUACUGUCGUAUCAAACUACCUGCUAUGUUAAAUUGUAUUUAUUCGGUGUUUAGGGUUUAGAAUGAACCACACCGCCUUUGGCAUCAGAGAAGCUAUAAAAUAGUUAGGUUUUUAAUAAUCAACUUGUACUACCUAUUUGAAAGAUUACACAAUAAAUUAUAUUAUAUUAUAUACACACACACACAGUAUAUUGGGUAGGAUGCCCGGAUUGCAAAUUCAUUUGAGGUAUUUUACCUAGGAAGAAAAAAUACUGGCGUAUUAGUUUAUUGUUUCUGUGGACAAAAAUUCUGAUACCGCAUUUAAAAUAAUUAUAAUGAAACCAUCGUGCUGCUGUUUAACUGAAAUGAUAGUUUACACUUCCACUGUUAGAACAGUGUCUUUAGAACAGCCUUCCAGGUAAAUGCAUUAAAUCCUUCAAAUACUACCUAUAAAAAGUGAACUGACAGUAAAGAAACACCUUAAAAUGCUAUUUUUAAUGUUACUUGAAAGCGAAUUGCUAGAAGUUUUGGAUUAAACGCAAGCUUGUAUUAAUACUAAUGUAAAGUCUCUACCUAAUAUAUGUAAUUAUAUUGUUGUAUGUGCCCCCCACCCCCCACCCCCCACAACUAAAACUGCCUAGAUACACUCACAGUACCGUUUAAUUUCUAUCGUGCUUGUGGUGUAGAUUAGAACAUACGUGCACUGAGAAUACUCUUAUCUAUGUCUUGGUAUGUAUUUGUUUGCUACAUGCUCGUUCACUUGUUUUUAAGUAAAAAAUAAAUACAUUUAAAAAAAUAUAUAUAUAGUUUUGAGUGUUCACUUCCUGAAUGUACCAAGCUGUUCACGACCAAGGUUCAGUACAGCAAGUAACUCUGUAUUUUGUAUGUGUGUAAUGUUCAGUACAUUGUAAUACUUAUAAUGAUCAUAAAUAAAUAAUAAUAAUAAUAAGAAGAAGAAUAAUAAUAAAGGUUUUAAGCUA